AGGGGGCUACGUGUGUUAGAGGCACUCACGCGGUGAGGACUUGGCUAGGAGAGCGCCUGGCAACACCUUUCUUUUGGCAUGUAAGCAGAUCGCGAGAGAGAGAAGAGUUGGGAAAGAAAGAAGGACGGAGAAACACGAACAUCAAAAGAAGGCGAAGAAGAAGAGCACGCGCGAAACAAGUGCAGGCGGCCGGCUGACUUGAAAGAUAACGGGCAAGGCGUGCGGGGAAAAGCUACAGCAGCGGCAGAAGCGGCAGCCGAUUAGCCCAGGAGGUACGAGGCAUUGCGAUAAACUCACCGGAAUCUAUGAGAUCCGCCAGGACACGAGAGCACCAAAUGCCACACUUCCAGGCAAGCGAGAAGAGAGCUACCGAAUUUGACUGAAGGUCAAUGCUCUCUCCGAGUGUUUUGGAUUUUCGGUUUUUACUCGGGUAUGGAGCGUCAGCCGGGCUCGUCGACCUUUGACGACCGUCUUAUCCGCAGGACUUCAACACCUUUCGCUCGUCGCAGCCUUCAACGACGCCCAAGGUGAUAGCGCGAUACUCCUUUGCGGAGAUCGGAAGAUGUAAUAACUGCAUUUUGAAGCGUGCAGAAAAUAAGCAAAAAAAAAAAAAAGAAUCGAACAAGCAACUGAAGUAAGUGAGCGCAGGAGAGAGCCCAAAAAGCAGCACUUGUGCGCCGCGAGGACCAUUGAAAUUUUCGCACGAUGCCGAACAUUAACCUGAAGGAGUUGCCAAUGAAGGCGCACUACUUCUUUUACUACGGCGCGCUUUCUGGCUUCCUGCCCUUUAUCGGCGUCCUGAUUAAGGACCGUGGAGUGUCUGCCGUCGAAGUGGGCCUUAUCUACACCGUGGCACCCUUUUUCUCCGCGGCUUCAAAACCGAUAUUCGGCGCUAUCGUCGACCACUCGAGGAAGAUCAAGGUCGUCAUCCUGUCUUUCCUGAUCUGCAUUAUGGCAACGUUCGCAGCGAUAAACUUCCUGCCUGCCGCCGCUCAAGGAGUGACAGAAGGCAAUGGUUCCACUCAGCUGAACUUGUCAAUAUCCGUCACACCUGAAGACAUUGCGAGUAGAUCUCAUGUAAUACCACUUUCCCAACUAAAUUUAACGCAACCAGCUCUAGUGGACCUGUCCUGUCACUUAACCUGCAUCAGGGAAGGUAAUCAAUCAGAGAACGACGUGCAGUAUGAAAGUGUACGAGUGCGUGCGAACGUCAGCGACACCAAUCUAACGCUAAGGUUCCCGGCCGGGGAAGUUGAAAAUGUAUCCGGAACUUGCAAUAUAUUUUGUCCUUUGACGGGCAGGGGUGCAGCAGCUGCGUCGGGCUCUGUUCUCGCAACGGCGGUAUUCUGGUUGUACUGCAUCUUCGUGACGGUCAACUACGCGGCCAUCGGCUGCGCCAACUCUCUGACGGACACCGGGUGCUUCGAGCUUCUCGAAAGCGAAGGUGCCGACUCCAAGAGUCGAUUCGGCUUGCACCGGUUGUGGGGCACUGUGGGAUGGGGCAUAUUCGCCGCCGGAAGCGGAUACCUCAUCGAUGGCCUCAAGGGGACCAGCGGCCCGUCGUCUCGCACGGACUAUUCGGCGGGCCUUUACUUGGCUGCCGCACUGAUGCUCGUCGAUGCAGCCUGCGUCUGCAUCUGCGACAUCAGGAAAAGCAAGAGCACCGAGAGCAUUGCCAAGGACGUGUUCCGCCUUGUGUACAAGGACAGUCGUGUGUGGUUUCUCCUCCUGGACGCCACCAUCGGCGGCGUGUUCGUGGGCAUCGUGUGGCAGUACCACUUCUGGUACUUGGACAACCUCGGUGCUUCCUCGGCGCUGAUGGGUGCUACUGUGGCAGUGCGGAGCUUCGCCGAACUUCCGGUCUUUGUGUGCGCGGGUUGGGCCAUUGGCAAGGCGGGACACGUGUUCGUUCUGCGUGCCGCUCUUGUGUCGAUGGCGCUCUCCUUUGCGUUGUACUCGAUAAUCGUUAACCCCUGGGUGACCCUUCCUGUGGAGCUACUGCUCGGCUUGGCUCUCGGAGCCUUCUUCACGGCCAUUCCUUCUUACGCCGAGGAAGUGGCGCCGCCCGGAACCGAGGCCACAACUAUGGGACUCGUGAUGGGCUUCUUCGAAGGCAUCGGUACUGCGCUGGGCGGCAUGGUAGGUGGAGCUGGCUUCGAGUGGUUGGGCGGUGCUUCCACCUUCCAGCUGGUGGCCGUAGCUGGCUUCACGUGGUGCUUGCUGGCAUACGCUCUGGACGCGUCAUUCGCCUACCUGGCUCGAGCAGGCAAGCCGGGCCGCUCAGCAACAGCUAAGAGGAGAGCUGCUGCCCCUCCUUCCGAACAUGGUUCAGGCGGCGAAGUUGCGUCAGCGGAAAAGAGCGCUUACGUCUACAGUCCCGUCGAAACAAACGUGUGAUCAAGUGCUCGGACUGAUGGCGAUCUCUUGCAAAGGACAGUGUGCCUUGUUCACGGAAACAAAAAUCCGUAUACAUGUAGUGUUCCAGUGUGAUUCACGAACAGCGAUGUGUGCAAUUGCACAGGAAUGUGUGGAUGACACUGCCCAUAUACUUGGCGAAUGGUGAGAAGCCCCCACACGAGGGUAUACACACCGUAUCUCCGCCAAGCAUGACUCGAUGCAUGGGGCGAAAUCCAUGCAACGCCCCUCCCAGAUAUCACUUAGUCAGUCAAGAACAUUGUUGAACGGUGAUGAGGAGUUUAAGCCGCCGGGUGAUCCACGACGGACACCCUACAGCAGCCGCUACCGUAGGUGACGCCGCAUCUAGGAUAUAUAUUUUUUUACGCCACUGCAGCAUCGACGAUGCGUGAACGUGGGUUAGUUUUGAAACUACGUUGCUGAAACUGGCAAAAUUUAUGAAAUCGGAAAUUUCAUGAAAUUGGGAGGCGUAUGGGAGGCGCAAAUCUUAAUUUCAAGCGAAAUUUCCUCCUAAAUAAACCAUGUGCAGCUGGGUGUGCUGUGUUGAAUGGACAAUGUGUCGCUUUAAACGCAAAGAAUUCAAGUGCGGUCCAGAUGGCUCCAUUCGUUUGUGCCUACCAUGCAGUGCACGCAGUUAUUCUGCGAAGUAACAGCAUCUGCAUGGGUGACGCCCCCACAUCUAAGUAUAAAAAAGAAGGAAAGAAAAUAAUACACAUCCAAUACAGAUAACUAUGUUGAUGUGUGACGUAAUCAUGAAGCGUCAACUGAAAUCUCUCGAGCUGUCCCAAUGGCCACUCAUGAAGGACAACCAUGAAAAGGAGCAAUGCUUUGCCUCUUCGGCCAUCGUGGCUAGGUGCGAAAGCUGCCAGCAAUACGAGCAAACGCUUAUCUUGACACCAAUUAACGUGAUCCCUGCUGCGGCACAUCUUUUCAGGGUUAUCGUAGAUAUAAACAUAAAAGCAGAUAAGCGAACCAUGGGUUCGGCUGCUGCGCAGAGCGUGUAAACGUCGUUCUCGAAUUUUUCUCGUGUGCAAACGACGAGCUACAUAAGGCAAUAUCUUUUAGUUGGAAUCGACUUUCGCAGAGAAUGGAAACUGUUAUAGUUCAGUUCACUGACGGGAUUCAACAUUAAGAUAGUAGAAUUGCCUUUUGUACUCCCCCCCCCCUCCCUUUUUUUGUUUUUCGUUAUCUUGCUUUGUUUCCAUUCACUGACGAUUGCUUGGUUAGAAGGAUUAACGUCCCAUAGUGUCCCAGGCUAUCGGAGACGCCGUAGUGGAGUGCUCCGGAUGAUUUUGACCUCCUGGGGUUCUUUGAAGGGACAGUAAAGAUUGAUAAAUUGUGCGC